GCCAGGAAGCGAUGGCGUCGCAAGCGGAGGCACUCCUGAAGAAAGAGAUGGUUCACAGGGUCCCAAAGAAGCCAGAAAUCACACCUCCUCCGCAGCCAUUACGAUUGAAACGAAGAGGAGACGACGAUCUUACUUGCCCGGUCAACCAUUCGCUAUGUCCCGAGUCCUUGGGUGGAGGUUGUUGUCCAGAUCAGUAUGAGUGUGCAAGCGAUGCAUGCUCGGCGACAACAGCGGCAGUGGGUACGGCGUGCGGGAAAGUAGGAUAUUAUUAUUGUCCCAUCACGGCCGGACGGAUGCUGUCCCGAAGGCUGGGUUUGUGACGCCGUAAGAGGCUGUAUAGCACCAUACGGGGUAACAAACACGUUCACAUCAUGCCCUGCCAGCUAUAAACUCUGUCCAUCAUCUUACAACUACGGCUGUUGCCCGAACAACAUGGGAUGUGCAGUCGACGCAUGUUACUCAACAGAGCCAUUCAGCACCACCCUAGUCGACAUUAUCACCACCAUCUCUGGCGGCAAGACCAUCACCACCACCCAAAUCUCCGCUGUCCUCACCACCCCAACACCUCCUCCCGCUCUCACAGGCAUCGACGACAACUCCGGCGCCAUCCCGAAAUUUCUCCCUAGCUCCGUCCCCAAAGCCUCCGCCAUCCCUAAGGAUACCAAGGACAGCGACGGUAGCGGCGGUCUCAAAGGCGCCCAACUAGGCGGCAUAAUCGGCGGGGCCAUCGCUCUCCUAAUCAUUGUCAUCAUCGCCGCCUUCCUCAUCAUCCGUCGCCUCAAGCGGGUUGAAUCCGCCAUGGAAUCCAGAAAGGGUUCCACAUCCGGCUACCACUCCAAAGCCUCUUACACCAAGACGUCCAAAACCGGCGCUUCCCAAGCGCAGAUGGAACAAUCCAAUCGGUUCCUGCACGUCAGAGCACCUUCGGACACUGAUAACGCCAGCGCCGAUCCUCUGAUGUUCAUGUCCGAGACGAACACGCCCGGGGAUCAUACGACGAAUGCUGGCAGUUUGGCGGGGACGCCGCAGCCUGGUGCUCACGGUGUUGUUGGCGACGGUGGUAUUGGGAGACAUGGGAGGUCGGGGAGCGAUACUACUUACAUGGCUUCGCCUCACGGCGCUGGGAACAACAACGGGAGCGAACUGGCCAGUCCCGACCCAAACUCGGGGUAUUUCGACGGUGCUUCACAUCUUCCCUCCUCCCAUACUACCUCUACCACCUAUGCUGGUGGCCAUAACGGCAAUGGCAACGGCAUGCGUCAGAGUGUGGACAGCCAAAGCACCGGGUUGGGAUACCACUACAGCAGCACCCGCAACCAAAACCAACACCACUGGCGAAACCAGAGUAACGCAAGCGAACUCUCCGCCGACGGAAGCGAGAUCACGCACGGAGUGGCAAGUCCCUUGGUCGGCUCCUCGCAUGCUAGAGGCGCGUCAGGCGGUAGUCACAGUUACACUCACAGUCACAGUCACACUGGACUAGGUGACGUCCCGGAGCUAGAUUCCUCAGGCAUCUUCGUCGAGUUACCCGCCACCACCACCACCACCGCCACCACCUCUCUCCCGCCGCGCAACUCAUUUGGUCUGUCAUCGGCUUCGAGGAGGAGGCGGACUGGUGGUAGUAACCCCAAUACCUCUACCCCUCAGAGCCCUAACACCGACAGCAGCCAACAACAACAACAAAACAACUUGGUAGACGUCCGCUCCGAACCAGAAACAGCCGAGUUCAUCACCCGCCCCCACCAACAGCAAAAGCAGCAGCAGCAGCAGCAACAACAACAACAACAACACACCUCUCUAGACGGCUACUACGGCCCCGCAAAAAGACAAGUAGGCCAAACCGCCGCCUCUGGACUAGGUUUUGUGCCGGAGAGGUGGGACGGGAGCUCACCGGGUGCGUACCCGAUGGGGUUUCCAAUGAUUAGCGUGCCGGGGUAUGGACUUGGUGUUAGUGGUGGUGGUGGUGGUGGUGGAGGACCUGCUGAGGAGGGUCAUGAUGAGGAAGAGGGAGAGGGCGAUAUUGACGAUGAUGAUGAUGAUGAUGAUGAUGAUGAUAAUGAGAAAGUGAACGAGGAAAGGAUGAAAGGGAGAAAACAGCACGGGAAUGGGAAUGAGAAUGGGAAUGGGCAGCAAUGAUGACGAUAAAGAGGAAAGUAAAGUAAGUAAAGAGGUUUGUGGUAGGGUUAGAGGAUUUAUCAUGUUGUAUUGGAAUACAGACAGCAGUGGAAGAAUGGGUCCAAACCAGCCCAGGGGAUGGACGGACUCCUAGAGUAGGACUGAUUGAUACCUAUGCUUGGAGAAAUGAUGAUACCCAGUUUAGUAUUUAGGUAGUCUUUGAUUUCCGAGCACGAUUAUGCAUAUCCAUUCACUACCUACUAUUUACAAUUUGUAUACGCUUCUCUACCCGAUGAUGCUUGAUCCGAGUGUCGAAGCUUAUCACAGAU